UGCGAAUGCCCUCACGAGUCAAUGACACCAAAAAGCCAUGGGUGGACUAAAGGCAAAUAAUUGCUGCACAAGUACAUGUAUGGACGCAGUCAGGUUGGUGUGGAUGCUGUCAUGCAGUAAUCUGUACCAAGUACUCGUCGUACCUUGAUGCUCGGCGUCGGCGACCUUGCGAUCGUCAUUGCCGCUUCCCUGUCCUGAAAUUGAGCCACCACCACCCGCAGCUCCAGCUGCAGCUACCUCUUCAUUACCACCCGCAAGACAGUUGUUACAAAGUUAUUGCAACCUUCAAAAGCUGCUAUUUUGACAGCUGCAGCUUCGCCGCCUCAUCAUCGUCAUCGUAUUCCCCUCUUGCGCCACCAAAUUGCUUUCGGGCAUUUCACGCGGUAUCGCUAUCGUGCCACCUUGAAGCGCAAGAUCAUCCUCAACCCACGCGACCCGAGCUUCCCCAUCACCACCACAACCACCCAACAUGUCUCUCAAGAACAUCACAGUCCAGCCACGAAUUGUCAAGAAACCGCCCUUCAGUGUUGAUGCCCCGGGCUACGAAAAGAUUGAUGGCGAAACCAUCCCUCGUCGUCAUCCCAAGGCAGUCAAUGGCCUGAUAGAACGCCCGGCAGAAGACAUUAAAACCGUCUUUGACGUCGUUAAACACGCUUCCAAGUACUAUGGUAAUGCGAAGGCCAUCGGUUCCCGAAAACUCAUCAAAACCCACCAAGAGGUCAAGAAGGUCAAGAAAGUGGUGGAUGGCGAGGAACGCGAAGUGGACAAGAAAUGGACAUACUUCGAGCUCAGCGGAUAUGAAUACAUGACGUUCACCGAGUAUGAAAAGUUGACACUAGAACUUGGUGCUGGAUAUCGUAAAUUGGGUCUGCAAAAGGAAGAUCGCAUACAUAUCUAUGCCGCUACCAGCGCUCACUGGUUGGCUACGUCGCACGCUGCAGCUUCCCAAUCGAUGCCCAUCGUUACGGCUUAUGAUACGCUUGGAGAGGAGGGAUUGAAGCACUCGCUCGUGGCAACCAAGGCCAAGGCCAUCUUUCUCGAUCCCCAUUUGCUUACGACUCUUAUCAACCCUCUAAAGGAAGCCAAGGAUAUCCAAUUCGUCAUCUGGAACAGCCAGAACGAGGUCAACCAGGAUAACAUUGACAAACUCAAGAAGGCACACGAGCAUCUGAUAAUUAUGAGUUUUGAGGAGCUCAGAAAGCUGGGUGAAAAUAACCCAGUCGAUCCAGUUCCUCCUGCUCCAGAAGAUCUAUGUUGUAUCAUGUAUACAUCUGGUUCCACUGGUCCUCCAAAAGGUGUGCCAAUCAAGCACAAGGCUGUGAUUGCUUCUCGUAAGUCUACCAAACAAUCAAUAGGUACAAUGCUAAUUUUCAUAGUUGCUGGUGUUAGUGUAAUCGUAGAGCCAUAUCUGGGUCCUGGUGAUAGUCUGUUAACCUACCUCCCUCUCGCGCAUAUCUUCGAAUAUGUCUUCGAAAAUGCAGUAUUGUUCUGGGGUGGUACUAUGGGAUAUGGAAACCCAAAGACUUUGUCUGAUGGCUCGGUUAGAAAUUGCAAGGGUGAUAUCAGAGAGUUUAAGCCUACGGUUCUCAUCGGAGUUCCUGCUGUGUGGGAAUCGAUUAAGAAGGGAAUUGUCGCCAAGGUGAAUGGUGGCAGCCCUGUAGUCCGCAAGCUUUUCUGGGCUGCAUUGUGGGCAAAAUCAAACAUGAUGCAUUACGGUCUUCCAGGAGCCGAAAUCUUGGACGCUGUGGUUUUCAAGAAGAUCAAGGAGGCUACCGGGGGUCGCUUGCGAAUUUGCUUGAACGGGGGUGGACCUGUUUCGAAGGACACUCAACGGUUCAUUUCAAUGGCCAUCACUCCAAUGAUUAAUGGCUACGGUUUGACAGAAACUACUGCCAUGGGCGCAGUGAUGGAUCCAUUGGCUUGGACCGAUAGUGCAUUGGGGGAUAUUCCAGCUUCCAUUGAAAUGAAACUGGUUGAUUUCCCCGAUGCAGGUUACUUCUCAACAAACAAACCCCAACCACAAGGUGAAAUUUGGAUUCGAGGUGCUCCAGUUCUUGAGAGUUAUUACCAGAAUGAGGAAGAGACCAAAGCUGCCAUCACCCCAGAUGGAUGGUUCAUGACUGGUGAUAUUGGAGAGUUCGACAAAAAUGGACACAUUCUUAUCAUUGACCGAAAGAAGAACCUGGUCAAGACUCUCAACGGUGAGUACAUUGCUAUCGAAAAGCUGGAGUCCAUCUACCGGUCCGCUACCGUCGUUGCAAACAUCUGUGUAUAUGCAGAUGCUCAAAAGACGAAGCCAGUUGCGAUCAUCGUUCCAGCGGAACCUGCAUUGAAGAAACUUGCAGAGAGCAUUGGUGUCAACGGCGAUGGAAUCGGAGACUUAGUACAUAACCAGAAGGUUCAAGACGCAGUAUUGAAAGAGCUGCAGCAGGUCGGAAAGCAAGGUGGAUUAUCUGGCAUUGAGAUCAUCGAAGGUGUUAUCUUGGCUGAUGAUGAGUGGACCCCCCAAAAUGUAAGUGGCGUAUAUAUAUCUAUGCACUCAUCCGUUGCUCUACGAGCGAGGCUAAAUUUAAUCUUAGAACAUGGUGACUUCUGCUCAGAAAUUGAACCGAAAACUCAUCCUAAGCACGUACAAGAAACAAGUCGACGCUGCAUAUGCGAGAAAUAGCUAGAUUGUACGUGGUAUAGGAUUCAAAAACUAGGCAUAGGCAUGCAUUGUAAGUGGACAGGAAAGAGUGUGGUCGGCCUGCUGCCAGGAAAUUGUAUGAUAUUCACUUGACACAUUGAAUUUACGCAUAGCAUUAUUUUGACCCCGUUUACAAAAUCAUC